UAGUAUCUUAUCUGAAUAAUGAUUUUAUAGAUUUUUACAGAAAAAAAGAUUAUAUUAAAUAUUGGUUUAUAGGACUGAAACGUUGAGUUUGAAGAUUAUGGAAUGGACAGUUUUAGUUUCGUUGAUUACUAGUAGCAUUCAAAUUUGCUACUCAGCUCGAACUCAAGAAGCAUCCUAUUUUUGUGAGAAACAAGACAACAAUCUGGUUGCUAAAUUCAGAUUGGUGAGAAACAAUGAUACAAUAUAUCAGAUAAUAGGCCAUACAGCUGCAGAACCCGACCCAGAUCAGAGUUCACCUGUGACGUCAUGUGCUGAUAUCUCUACCGAUAGUCAGAAGGACAUUUACUAUUUGAACGUUACCAUUGAUCUACAAACUUCAACAUCAUAUCCAACAUGUGGGGUCUAUACGAUUGAAACAGGAAAGAAGUAUAAGCUGCGAAUAAGGUCACAGACUACUGUAGGAAUCAAAUCAGUAGAAGAUGCGUAUUAUGACUUUAUUUGUGAUGUACAGAAGUCACUAGCGUCCUGGGUACGGGCUACAACACUUGGACUCGGUUCUCUAACAGAAACAAAUCUUCAGCCAUUUCAAUCUUCAUUAUCGUUUUGGUUGAUGGAUUAUACUACCAAUAUCCCACUCUUCGGUGAAGUUGAACUCGGAAGGGAGAUGUACUACCAAAUUGGUUUCCAGUCUUGUUUUAAACAGGAUACCCAAUAUGACACAUGUGGACACGAAUUUUGGGUUGCAUUUCAAAGUCUGGGUAUUCCAUCUGAUUCUAUCCUUACAUUGUACAUCUUAAAUCCAUCUUCCAGUAGUAUAUCGGUGCAAAUCGAAAGUGAAAAUUCUACUUUACCAUGUUCACCUGUAAUCGUCGCUCCGAACUCUUUCGGAGCAUGCUCAGUCGACACCAGCUUUGAGAUCACUACUUCUUCCUGUAAAGCCAUUUAUGUGUCUUCCCCAUUCCAAUGUAUAUAUGUUCAACGUCAACACUACACGUCUCAAGAUUUUUCUGUAAUUCCUAUUUUGCCUGUGGACACCUUUCGCCAGUCAUAUCGUGCCCUCUCGUCUGUACACGACACGGAAAUAAUAAUAGUGUCACUUAAUUCGACUUCUAUUGACAUAACACCGUCAGGAAGCAGUCCUGUUACUAUAGAAACUGAACGCUUUGAAACUUAUAGUUACCAAUUUGGAUCUGGCUCGGAUAUUUCCGGGUCAUCUGUGAUAUCUGACAACGUAGUUGCCAUUUUUCAAAAAGAGACAUUAGCAAACGGAUAUGGACUUCAACAGUUGCUUGGAGAAUGGUCAGCAGGUAAAACAUACGUCAUACCAUUCGUAACAGGUUCAACCGAUACCUGGAAAUGUUUAAUUCUGAAAAAUUCCACCGAUGUAUCUUACAGUUCCUCGACAUUAUCCCGAAACGCAGGAAAUGCUGUUACUGGAUCUGUCUCAUCAUUUAUGGAAAUUUCAUCGACAAAGCCAGUUCUCUGUCAGGUUUACAGUGGAGACACAUCUAUUUCUCUGUUUUCCUUUGAGCAAUGGUCAAGUAGUUAUAGUUUUGUUCUAAAACAAAACGAGAUAUCAUAUAAGUUAUUGAUAGUUACAACUUCAGCAGACAAAGACUUACUUGUGCUAAACAUUAAUGGUAUUUUAACAAUCAUAGUUGGAACAUGGGUGUCUGUUACUAAAGUUACAGGUUCAUCAUUAGAUUUGGUAGCGUUGGAAAUGCCAAUAGAUCUAACAGGAAUAAGUGAUGACGUUUUUGUGACACUUUCCCAUCCGAAUGUCAAUUUCCAAGUUGUGCUGCUAUCAACACAUUCAUCAUCUAACAGGAAAACAUUGACCUUAGUACCCGGAUUUAAUUCAGUGUAUUCUAAUGUAGAAUCUUGUACAAAGACUUUAGGUUAUGUUGGAGACUUGAUCGAUAACGACUGCGAUGGGAUUGCUGACGAAGACUUGCUUAAAAGUUCAGGUGCUAAUUAUGCGGACUUGAAAGGGAUACAUCAAGAAAAUACAUGUUUUGAAAAGAUACGAGUGAAUGAUUGUGACGUAUCACCAGACCCAAAAUUUGAAAACUCAGUACAACAACGAAUUAUUGAAAAUGGGUGUGUUAGUGGCAAUAAAAAUGACCCUUUCCGACCAAUGUCAGAUUUCACAUAUGAUUCGACGAAAUCAGAUAAUAUUACGCAGAUUUAUAGGUCUGGGAAAGUCGAGUUAGUUGGAUUUGAUGGUUAUGAUGAAAUAUAUCUACGCUGCAAUGUACACUUUUGUUUCAAGUAUGACAGUUCUUGCGAUACGAGUUGUACAAAACGCCGCAAACGUGAUGUUCAUUCCUCAAAUACCGUAUCUGAUAGGUUGAUCACUCUGUCAGAUCUACAACAAAUUACAACAUCUGAUGAAUCUUGUUUUGACAGUUCAGCCUUUAUUUCCGUGAUAUCUGUGUUAUCGAUAGUGUUUGCAACACUCCUUUGCACCAUUCUGUACUUCUUUGUGAGGUUGUACCAACUAACAGAAAUCAGACGUACACAGUUACCCAUGUCGUCAUAAAGUUUAAAUCUCAUAGUCAAUGAACGUUUCUGAGAGUUGUUAAAUAUUCCGUCCAUCAUGCUAAUACAGGUUGUAUCAGAUUGUACCUUAAAGAACUUACUCCCGAGUAGAUACAUGUAUUGAUCAGAGCUUUUCAUUUACAUCAUAAUGUUGUUGUUAUUGUGAUUUCGUUUUGUUCGUUAUAAAUAAUGAUUUAUAUAUAAAUUGUUAUUUUAAGUUGUUUAUUACUUUUUAAUGUGUUUCAUGUAACUUAUACUUCUUGUGCAAAUUUAUUUUGAAUACAUAGUUAACAAUGUUAGGCGAACUUCUCACCUGAAUAUAAAAUUCCACAAAUGUAUAUAUUAUACAUUAUCCAGCAAAAACUGUAACCUUUUAAACAGAAUAGAUAAACCAGAUUCAUUCAGUUUGACGUAUUUUUACAUUCCAAAAAAAAAAAAAACAACGUUAUUGUUUGUGUCCUUGUGUUGCUGUCUCGUUAGACCACAUUGUCUGUAAUAAAAUCUUGCAAUUA